AUGGCUUGGGGCUGGGAACAAUCCGACGACGCUCACCGUCAGGUCUACGGUGGUGAGCAGCAGCACCACGAGGCUAAGUUCUCUCACGAGCUUAUCGCCGGUGCCGCUUCAUUCGCUGGCAUGAAGGCCUGGGAGGACCACCAGCGCAAGGAGGGCAAGACCGUCAAGCACGCAUUCGCUAAGGAGGCCCUCGUUGGUCUCGUCGGUGCCGAGAUUGACAAGCUCGCCGAGUCCAAGGGUAUGGAUGAGGCCGACAAGCUCCGCGCUCACCACCACGCUAAGAAGAACGCCGAGCAAAUGUACGAGGAGCACUACGAGCGCCACGAGAGCCGCGGUGGUGAGGAUUGGCAGCCCCACUACGAGCGCCAUGAGCGCUUUGAGCAGCCUGGUCGCCGCUGGUAA